CACUGCCAAGGCUUGCUCCCCCGGGAUUAUGGCUAAGAACCUGCUAGCAGCGGCCACCUGUCCAAUUUGCCUGGACUAUUUCUCACGUCCCGUCUCGCUCUCCUGUGGACAUGUCUUCUGCUUCGAUUGCCUUCGCCACUGGGUGGCAGGAAGAGGGGAUUUCGUGCUGGUUUGCCCCACAUGUCGCUCAGUCAGUGAGAAGGUACCUAUGGAAGAGUGGCUAAUCGGAAAGCUGACCCUUCUAACCAGGCAACACAGUGGUCUCCUGGAGCAGAGUCUGCUCCUUAGUGAGGAGGUUCUGAGGUUCCAGGAGGAUGAUGUCCUGGACACAGCUACCGCCCACUCCCUCCUUGAGCUCUCCAGCGAUCAGAGGAGCGUUGAAUGUGGGAAGACCUCCAACAACCUGCUGGAAGACCCCAGUGGGUUCCCUCACCUGGUCUGUGUACUAGGAAACACCUGCUUCUCCUGGGGCCGCCAUUACUGGGAGGUUGAAGUAGGAGAAGCCAAGGAGUGGACCCUGGGUGUCUGGCAAGGGUCAGUCGACACAAAGAGGAAGGGUGAUUUAACCUCAGACCACGGUUUCUGGAUCAUCUGCGUAGAGGGAGGACUCAUUCACCCCUGCACCAACACAGAGGUCAUCGUUCCUGCAAGCCCUAGUCUUCACCGCGUAGGAGUUUUCCUGGAUGUGGACUUGGGAGAGAUCAAGUUUUUUGAUGUUGGAAAUAAAGCUCUCAUCUACAUGCACAGGUUCCUCUCCACCUUGGAGCCUUUUCAUCCGUUCUUCUGUUUUGUACCUUUUUGA